AUGGAAGGGUUGAUGCAGUUAACGGACGAAGAAGGGAAGCGAUUAAGCGACAAGGAAGUGGUUGACAACAUUGUUAGCCUUGUUAUUGCAGGAUAUAUGUCCACUUCCUUUGCAAUGAUGUGGGCAUUGUACUAUCUUGCCAAGGACCCGAAUGUUCUUCAAAAGCUUAGGGAAGAGAACAUACACAUCAGCCAGGAGAAGAAUGAUAAGCUUAUUACAAGUGAUGAUAUUUCAAACAUGAAGGAUACAAAUAAGGUUAAAAUUCCCAAAGGAUGGAAAGCACCAGCAAGGGCUGGAACACACCUUGUGUUUGGUGGGGGACUGAGAUUGUGUGCAGGAAACAUGCUGGCUAAGCUACAAUUGUCGCCAUUUUUCUUCAUCACUUGGCUGUGGGAACUGGUGAAUCCCAAUGCCAAAAUGACUUAUCUUGCUCAUCCAAAACCGGUUGAUGGAGUUGAGAUUACCUUUGGGAGAACUGACAAAGCAAAGUGA